GUGCCUUCCCUCACCAUCGCCAUCCACUCACAGACCCUGGAGGUUCCGGACUGCCCCGUCGGGUGGGAUUCGCUGUGGAUUGGCUAUUCUUUAUCAUGGUGACACACGGACUCCGGCGCCGAGGGGUCUGGCCAGUCACUCCUGAGUCCGGGCUCCUGCCUCGAGGACUUCCGGCCGAGCCCGUUCCUCGAGUGCACAGGUCAAGGGCGAUGUAACCUGUUCCCCUCGGCCUUCUCCUACUGGCUGGCGACUAUCGACCUCGAGGACCAGUUCCGGAAGCCGGUCCAGCAGACGCUCAAGGCUGGGGACCUCAAGUCAAGGGUGAGCAGGUGUAAUGUCUGUUUGAGGAAGAGGCGUGGAGGAGGAGGUGGGGCAGGAGGAGCAGGUGGAGGUUUUGGAGGAGCAGGUGGUGCAGGAGGAGAGGUGGCGGAUUUGGAGGAGGAAGUGGAG